AAAGAUUAUUAUUAUAGCGGUACAGAUUAUUUUAAAAAUGUAUUGAUUUUAAUUUACAGUAAGUCUUGAGGCGGCUGAGGAGUGUAUAGACCAUAGACCAGUUUUUGUUUUUGCACCAACACAUCACAACACAACACCUAUUUGCAUAUCUAUGGCCAAGAAACCUGUGAAAUAUUACGUGGUUGACGCGUUCACCGAUUCAGCUUUCAAAGGGAACCCAGCAGCAGUGUGUUUACUUGAAGAAGAUAAAAAUGAUUAUUGGUUUCAAUCUGUUGCUGCUGAAUUCAAUAUCUCUGAAACCUGUUAUUUGACUUCCAUUCAUGGAACCUCUAUUCCACGUUUUGGUCUCAGAUGGUUUACUCCUGUUUCUGAGGUUAAUCUUUGUGGCCAUGCCACAUUAGCAGCUGCACAAACCCUCUUCUCAACUGGUUUGGUGGACAACAAUGUUAUUGAAUUUGUGACACUAUCUGGAAUAUUAACUGCUAAAAAGAUCCCAGCUUCCAAUGUCACUAGUGCCCAAAAUGAUGAAGCUAAGGAUACAUUUUACAUUGAAUUGGAUUUUCCUGCUGACCCUAUUGCAGAAUCCAACUCUGAUGACACUUCACUCAUUUCUGAGGCAUUGAAUGGUGCUUCCAUAAUUGAUAUAAAGAGGACAAAAAAUGGAGAUGAUUUACUUGUUGUUGUCUCAUCUGGAAAAAAUGUCACAGAAGUAGAACCACAACUUGAUGUAAUUGGUAAAAUAGCUGGAAGGGGGGUAAUUGUUACAGGGAUUGCUCCUUCAGAGUCAGGAUUUGACUUCUACAGUAGAUAUUUCUGCCCAAAAUUUGGAAUCAAUGAGGAUCCUGUUUGUGGGAGUGCACAUUGUUCCUUGGCAACCUAUUGGAGCAAGAAGUUAGGAAAAUGUGAUUUAAAUGCUUAUCAGGCAUCAGCAAGAGGUGGAGCUAUCAAUAUUCAUCUUGAUGAACAGAAACAAAGAGUGUUUUUGCGUGGAAAGGCCAUUACAGUGAUGGAAGGGUGUAUUCUGGUCUAGUCCUACUCCUAACAUUUCAAUUAAAAUAAAUGAAAUCAAAAGUUGUUCAUUGUAGUCCAUACUAAAAAAUCAUAAAAAAUUUGAAAGACAACAUAGUACUCUUCAAAAGUAAAAGUUUGUAACUUUCUUUAUCUUUAUGAAUAAAAUUGUGAUCAAAUAAUAUCAAUUUAGUA